CUUGACUGAGGAGAGGUUGAUGUCGGACUAGGGUGUAACAUUCGCUAGAUCCACCGAAAAUAUGGGUAAUUCGCAAUCAGCCACGUGUGAUGCACCGAAGGGUCGGUGGCUGAUGAAGCGAGCAGAUCCAGUGCAGCUCCGUGACAUAUUUUUGAAGUAUGCCAGCAUUUCAAAAGUCGGGGAGUAUUACAUGACGUCAAAAGAUUUCAUCAGGAACUAUCUUGGGAUGCACAAGGAAGGCGAUUCUGAUCCGUACAUUAUCGACUUAUUGGGUGCAGCCGUGGACCAAACUAAAGAUGGGUUGAUCUCAUUUGAAGAAUUUAAGGAUUUUGAAGCUCUCCUGUGUUCCCCAGAUGCUAUGUAUAAAUUAACUUUUCAGUUAUUUGAUACAAAUGGAUCAGGAUUUGUAUCUUUUAGUGAAUUCAAAACAGUUUUUAGUCUAACAGAAGUACAUCACCAAGUACCGUUCAAUUUUGAUUCAAGAUACGUUUUAUUACAUUUUGGCGAAGACCGAAAAAAACAUCUGUCAUACCAAGAAUUUACACAAUUUUUACACAAUUUGCAAGAGGAGCAUGCGAGGCAAGCGUUUAUAAGUUAUGACGAGCAGAAGAGAGGAGUUAUUAACUCUUUCCAAUUUAAGACAAUAAUGUCAACAAUUAAAAAGAAUUUACUUACACCAUUUGUUGAAGAAAAUCUUAUUUCAGUUGCUGGUGGGGAAACCACGCAUUUGGUUAGUUUCCCGUACUUCAAUGCUUUCAACUCGCUACUCAAUAAUAUGGAACUAAUUGAGAAAGUUUACCUUACAAUAACAAGAGGAUACGACAAAGCAGAAGUCAAUAAAGAGGAAUUUUUACUGGGAGCCCAACAGUUUUCUCAGAUUACGCCAUUGGAAGUGGACAUUUUGUUUCAUCUCUGCGUGUUGGACCAUGCAACUGGACACAUUACAGGUACCGAGAUUGAUAAAAUCAAACCUCCGGAUGAAAGCGUUAAGCGAUUGCAGCAACAACAACCUAAAGGGGAAACUCAUCGUAGUCCUUUCUUGGCCAUGGCUGAAUCUGGAUAUAGGUUUUUCCUUGGUGGAAUUGCUGGAGCUACGGGAGCCACGGCAGUUUAUCCUAUUGACUUGGUGAAGACAAGACUACAGAACCAAAGAACUAGUAUAGUUGGGGAAUUGAUGUAUAAAAAUAGUUAUGAUUGUGCAAUAAAAGUUAUAAGACAUGAAGGAUUUCUCGGUCUUUACAGCGGUCUCAUACCACAGUUAGUCGGCGUUGCUCCUGAGAAAGCUAUAAAACUUACAAUGAAUGAUUUUGUACGUGAUCACCUGUCUACUCCAGAUGGUACCAUUCCACUCUGGGCAGAGUGCUUAGCUGGUGGAUGUGCUGGUGGGUCUCAAGUGAUGUUUACAAACCCGCUAGAGAUUGUGAAAAUUCGACUGCAAGUUGCUGGUGAAUUGAGUGGUCCACGUAUUGGUGCCGUUAGUGUCAUUAAAAGCCUGGGUUUCUUUGGUCUUUACAAGGGUGCAAGGGCUUGUUUUCUACGAGAUAUCCCGUUUUCCGCAAUUUACUUUCCUUGCUAUGCACACAUGAAGCUAUACACAGCAAAUUCAGAAGGUGUCAAUGGUCCAUUGUCGUUGUUGCUAUCGGCUACAGUGGCAGGUGCUCCGGCUGCAGCGUUGACCACCCCAGCUGACGUGAUAAAGACAAGGUUGCAAGUUGUUGCAAGGGCUGGUCAGACACAGUACUCUGGUGUGAUAGACUGUGCCAGGAAAGUCAUGCAAGAGGAAGGCUUUAUGGCAUUCUGGAAAGGCGCACCUGCUCGUGUGUUUAGGUCUUCUCCACAGUUUGGUGUUACUCUAAUGACAUAUGAAUUGUUACAAAGACAAUUUGUAAUUGAUUUUGGUGGAAAACGUCCUGGUGGAUCAGAAAGCAAAGUAGCGCCACACCUGAGUGACUUACCUCCAGUUAAUCCUGACCAUAUUGGUGGUAUGCGAUUGGCUGUCGCUACGUUUGCCGGUGUAGAAUCAAAAUUCGGGUUAUGGCUUCCAAAAUUCAAACCAACAUCGGUGGCACCAGUAGCAGCUGCUGCAGCAGCACAAUAAUACCGAACAAUUCGACUCGCACGUGUGAUGACCUUGUCGUAUGACACUAUAUGGGAAAUUGCGUUUGUGUCGUAUAUGACCAACCUGCUUGGCAGUCAACUGCUCUUGUUUAAUGCCGGAUUUUUGUGUUGAUGUUUUGUCAGAAGGGGAAAAAAAAGGUUACAAUUGUGUCUUCACCAUGACAAACAUCUCCAUUAAUCUGCAAGAUUUUACAAAAAUGUCAGUCUCAGUGUGAUUUCAUUUAUUACCAUAAAAUUCUUCAAAGCAAGCACUUCUUUUAUGAUUUCAUUUCUUCCCAUAAAAUUCUUCAAAGCAAGCACUUCUUUCACACCAUUUUAUUCUAUCAUUCCUAAAUUGUGAUCACAUAAUUACAAUUUGUAGUUAAUAAUCACUAUAGAAUUACCGGUACUCUACUGUAAAAGCAUUUAUUUUUACUGGCAUGUAAUUUCACUAUUUUCAAGUUUUGAGCAGUUUCACUCGGUUUUAUUUUCACAAACUUGGCAGAUAAACACUGAGCUCUAUUGUGACUCUACAUGUUCACAUAGAUUUAAUUUAGGGGAUUUUACUUAUCAGUGAAAUUAAAAACCGGUGCGCGAUUAAUGCGUUUACAAUAAUAUAAAGGUGGUGUAACCAGACAUCUUGCUUGGUGUUCUGUGCAUCCAUCUAAAAGCGUGCAGUUUUCGGGAAUUGUUGCCAGAUAAAUAUGCGGAUAAUACAUUCAAAUCACUUGGAUAAUUUCUGUGGUGUUAAAAAAAUUUUUAAUAGCUCCAAAAAAAUUUGCAUUUUUUCUUGGAUACUCGUAGUGCUUAUUUGAAGAAUUUUAUGGAAAGCAUAAUAUAUAUAUGCAAAAAAAAAAAAAAAAUGAAACAAGUUGUUCACGAGUUACACUGAUAUUGAAAUAAUUAGUAAACCUACCUAAGGAUGACAGUUGUGCACGUUUGUAUUUUUGUGUUUUACACAUUGCAUUGGCCCAUAUUGAACCGCUCCGAAAGCGAUGACCAUAUUGCUUUAAUGGUAGAUUCUGAGACUCGCUUGUAAAAAUGCAGAUAAUUAAAAGUGCUACAAUUUCUUGAAAUAUUGCUGUUCGAAAGAUUUCAUUGAAUGAAUGACCCCAAAAAAAAAUGAAAACUAUUACCCAAAAAAAAAGUGCAUUUAAGUUGUGAUUUUUCAAUGGCGUCUUAUGUGGCUGUCUGCUUGGGUUGAGAAUUGGUCAAACAGCCAAUCACUGGGAAUGAGUUUCAAGAAAUUAUUUCAUAAAAAGUGUACGAGCUGCAUUGAGUGCCAUAGCUGCUUCACAGCGUGCUUCCAAAUUUUGUGUAAACAUUGUUUAUUGUGUAUAUCCACUGUUUGCUUUGCGUGGGACCAACACCAAACAAGACAUAGUGUAACUAAUGACUGGCGUUUGUGUUCUCUUUGUAUUUAUAUUUGUAUGAUUUUUGUUUUGUUUUUGUGGAUUCUUCAUGGUCAUUUCUGUGUUUUUUGUCGCUUUUUUCAAAACAGUCAGAAUUUGAAUAAGCUUAGAACUGAACCCCAAAAGGUCACACAUCCUGGUUGUUUUGAGGGUAUAUGUAUGCUUAUUGCAAGUAGUUGAACAUAGCAAAAAUUAGGAUAUGAUAUUUGGAAAUUAUUGCCGCUAUAAGGCAAUAUCCCCAGAAAGUGCCAGGAUGUGUGACCUUUGGGGUCGUGUAUGGUUCCAGGAUGUGUCACCUGCAGGGGUCAUGCUUAGUACCAGGAUGUGUGACAUUUAGGGGUCAUGCAUGGUACCAGGAUGUGUGACCUUUAGGUGUCGUGCAUAGUACCAGGAUGUGCGACUUUUAGGGGCCAUGCAUAGUACCAGGAUGUGUCACCUACAGAGUUCAUGCAUGGUACCAGGAUGUGUGACAUUUAGGGGCCAUGCAUAGUACCAGGAUGUGCGACUUUUAGGGGUCAUGCAUAGUACCAGGAUGUGUGACCUUUAGGGUCAUGCAUAGUACCAGGAUGUGUGACCUUUAGGAGACCUGCACAAGGCAUAUCCAGAAGCAUUAAUUUUUUUGGAAAUGCAAAAGUUAGUCUAAACACUUCUGACAUCACUUUACAGUCUUGUGAAUUAUAUUUUUGUUGAAAUAUUUUAUGAAAACUAAACAGCCUUAACUUCUAAAACAAAUUUUGCCCAUCAGAACAAACUUUUGUGGUAGCAAAAUUUUCAUUGGAGGCAGGGAACCACUAGUACAAAAUUGUUAAAAUGUCUGCCGGCUCUGCCAUACUACAUUGAAUUAAGAUUGUGGUGCUAAUUUCAAUAUGACAUCGGAAAUAGAAGUUUAACCAUUAAAACCAACCCUUUUUGAAGAUGAUCCUGCCUAAUUUUGUACAUGUCCACUUAAUCCAACAUUAACGAAGAAAUAUUAGAAGAAUACACCAAAUGGUUCAUAAUUUUACAAAUUUAGUUGAGGUAUUUUUGUGCAGCUGAUCUUGAUGAGAGUACAUGUGAAAAAGACGAAUUGUGUCAUGAAAAAAUGAGGGGGACCCCCUGCCCCCCCAUUUCAAUUUUGGUGGGCCAGGAAGCUGAAUUUGGAAUUCUAAAAUUCCUCAAUUUGGUAGCUAACACCACACCAAACAAAAUUGCGGUGAUUUUUUUUUUGGAGGGUGGGGUUAUGUUGAACAAAGUUAUUAAUUAAGGCAGUGUUUUUAUAAUUAUUUGCAAAUCUUGCCGUUUUUUGGAUAGUCGUGUUAAAAAAAGCCAAAAAACUAUAGAAUCCAGAAUCUAUUUAAUAUUUCACUAACUAACAUUUAACUAGUUUAUAAAAAUACAAAUUUAGAGUAAAAAGAAUUAGUACAUCUUUAAUGAAUUCAGGAGCAUGUUUACGGAACAAACUUUUUUAUUUUAUAACUCUCAGUACUACAGCUGGCAUUAUUGGGUUGGCGAUGGACUAUACGCUUACCGAAUAAGGAAUUCCCCAUAAUAUUUGUCAUUGUCGGCUGCCUGUUUUUGUCAAAAUUUAUGCAUAUGAUUUUAGCGAUCCCAAAUUAUGCACACAAGGUGAAAGAUGAUGUGCAUGUUAAUGUUAUGCAUGAGAAACCAAUUUGUGUUCAAACAAUUAAUUUCCAGCCUACCAUGUGGUUGCUAUGAUCAAACAUGUAAGCCGUCUGACAAGAUACCCGGUAUAUUGUCAGCAUCUACCUUCUUUGCUUCUAUGUUUAUUUUCUCAUUUUUACAUCGAUUAAAAAAAAAAUGCAGCUGAUGUUACUUUAAUGCAUUUGUUAUUUAAAACCUGCUGUAAAAUGACUAAUUUUCACUGGGUUUAAAUUUCACUGAUUUGCCAUUUCAGGCAUAUUCUUUGGAUUUUAAAUUCACGGUUUUAUCAUUUAGAUGAUGUGUUCUAUGCUAAAUUUUACAUAUUCACUGGGUUUUAAUUUAGCGCAUUUUCCAGUCAGCGAAAUAAGCCAAAUUAAAACCCAGUGAAUAAUUAACCCCUUUACAGUAAUUUUUAUGAACCCUGAUAUGAAUAUUUGUUACCUUUCUUGUGAUUGGCUAGCUGAUAUGUAAGCUUUGUUUUCAUUCGUUGAGCGAUAGGCAUUCACAGAAAUCAAUGACAUAUUGUGUGUAUGUGGCUAUGUGUGACUUGCAUUUCCAGUUUUAUUGUGUCGCAUAGAUGGAGAACAUGGGAUUUCAAAAACUUAAUAUUAUCUUUCAUUGAGAUGACUCGGCAAUUAUAAUCAACCACAUUUUUUCACUGUGUUUAACAAAACAUUGAGAAGUUCUGUCAAAAACAUUUUUUUGUAAUUUUAUUUAUACUCUUUUGUAUAUUUUCAUAUUUUCCUGUAAUGACUACUCCAAAAAUAAUGUCAUAGUUUGAAAAGUUUUAAUGAUUAUGCAUUCAGUGUUCGAUGUGCAUUUUGUCUCUAGUCGGUGCUGAGAAUAUUCUCUAUAUUCAUACAUAGGGGGCGCUCUCUGCGACUGAAAGUAUCCCCUAUUUACUGUAUUGUAAAUGCAUGUGCUGUGUAAACAAACUUGCAAGAUGAGUGCACUUCUAGUGUGAUCAAAACAAGCUUUUCUGCUUCUGUGUUUUUAUUUGGGUUACAUUUCUAAGUGAUUAAAUGUGUCCCAUCACGUCAUGGAAAUUUCAGGUUGUGAAACAAGCAUACAUGUCUACA